CACACGUGGAAAUGGAAUCGAACACAAUCUUUCUAGACCUCAAUCUAAUCAAGAAAGCAUUCAAUUUUGUCAUGAAUUGUCAUUCAUGAAAAUUUAUGAUAUUCAAAUUAGAUGUGAUGAUGGUCUCAAUGGACUACUUAGUGAACAUACACAUUAGAGAGAGCAUUCUUCUUCAAAUGCUUAAUUAAAUCCUUGGUUCUUGAGAGAAAGAGAUGAUGGCUCAUUUGCAUCAUAAUCUCUCUAUUGUGGCUAAAGGGUCAGGACAAGAACUCUUUUGGAGAUGUCGAGGAAUGGUGUUGUGCAACAUAGGUUUGGGUUUAGCCAAUCAAAGAAGAGGGAGAUCAAUCAAGAAUAGAGGGCUAAUUCAUUGUUGCAAUUCUUCAACAUCAACAGAAGUGACCUUGUCUUAUGAUAAGGUGAAUUCGGCCUACGAGAAGCUCGGCUCAGCGAUAAACGAGCACCACGUGAGUUCGGCCUACGAGAAGCUCGACUCAACGAUAACCGAGGGCGAUUUCGUUCGACAAGGAAAUUGGAAAGUGAGGAGAAUGCUCGAGACAGAGGAAGAAAUGAGACAAGUUGCAUAUGUUCAAGCUGAGGCAUUCCAUGAGCCAGCCUUUUUCUUUGAUGAUGUAUUCUUCGAUUUCUUUAAGGCUGAAGUGCUCUCAGGGCUGAUGUACCGGCUGCGAAACUCACCCCCGGAUAGAAAUAGGUAUGCAUGUUUAGUAGCAGAGCCAAGGGAUGAAUUCCAAGAUUCAAAGAAAGAGCUUGCAGGAGUAGUGGAUGUAACGGUUCUAAGGGAAGAUUCGGUCCUCAAGCAUCUCCUAGGGGCAAAAGAGUACAUUUACGUGUCGGGGAUCGCAGUUCUAAACAGAUUCAGGAGGCAGAAGGUGGCCACGACAUUGCUAGAAGCAUGCGACGCAAUCUCAGCUGGUUGGGGCUUUGACUAUCUCGUCCUCAGAGCCUACGAGGACGAUCAUGGGGCGAGGAAGUUGUACUCGAACGCGGGAUACAAAGUCGUCUCAGAAGACCCUCCGUGGACGACAAGCUGGGUCGGGAGAAGGAGACGCGUGGUCAUGGUUAAAUAUGUAGGGGAUUUGGUGUCACAUUUUGCCACAAAAUCAUCGGAAGUAAAGAAUUGCAUAUGAAAUGCUAAUUUUGUUACGAAUCAAGGUUUUAUUUUUUUUUA